ACAGAGGAAGCCUGUUUCAACAUUCUGAUGAAAGAUCAGCCAAAAAGGCCUUCAACUGCCUUCUUCCACACCGUAUGUAAAGCCACCAAAGAGCAGAGGUGUGACUUCGGCGAACUUCCCAGUUGCCAUGGAAAUUAUCAAUUCAGAGUGAGGAUGGAGUUAGAGGGAAAUACCUCCAGUUGGGCGGAAACCCCAAACUUCUCUCUUAAGAAAGGAACCGUAAUUGGUCCUCCAAACGUAACCUUGGUCACCAAGGGAGGAGCUUUUGGAGCUGUGGAGGUGAACAUUCAGAAUCCGGUGCUAAAGAUCUCAUCGCUGAAAGAAGCCUACAGCAAAGUGGAAUACAAUAUCAGAUACUGGAAGAAGAGUGACAAGAAGGAUGUGUCUGAGAGAGAGAUGGUGACUGAGCAACGUGUUAAACUGAAGCCACUGGAGCCCAACACUAGAUACUGCGUUCAGGUCCAGGUGUACAUACCGAUGCCGCACAACAAUACGGGGCAGUACAGCAAGGCCGCGUGUGUGAUGAGCACCUCAAACAACACAACCACAGAUGGGGAGCGAAGGUUGUCUGAGGGCCUGGUGGUCAGUUUGGUGACAGUAGCUGUGGCUUUUCCACUACUACUCCUAGUCCCCUGGAUCAUCUACAAAGGGAAAAGGUUUCUCCAUCCCAAGGUUAAGCUGCCUGAGCAUUUGAAACAGCACCUGAUUGAUUCUCAUCAAUACCCUUACCUGGCCUCGCAGAUCACCUCUCCUCUACAAGAGAAGUAUGAUCAGAUCAGCGCUCUGUGUGAGGAAAAUCCAUACAAUGUGUUGACUGACAUACCAGAGGACAACCUUUACCAUGUGGAUAGUGGGGUCUCUGUGGAGAUGCCUGAAUACUACAAUGCUGUUGAUAAAAAUGCCAAUUUUGACAUGCCCUACAAGAAUAUCUGACAAUGGUAUCAAGACAUGAGCUAAUGUAAUCAUUCUGUAUAUGGGCAUAUGGAAUCUGAGGAUAACAGGUAGUCAUGAUGGAUUGUAAGCCAUUAACGUGUUCAUUAGGGGCUGAGGCCCUUCAGCAUAAAUAUUUUAACUUUUCAGUGUUUUUCCUCUUCAAUUUUCGUGCUUACAAAACCGUAUU